AAUCUGUUGAACCUCUUUUACCUUGACCAACUUCACGCCGAAUUCACAAUACUGGCGCCAACAUUCGCGCUUCCAAUCCCCCCCAAACCUCGCUUUUCUGUCCUAAUUAAAAAACCAUGCUUACCUGAAUCGCCAAUUAAUUAGAACCUUUGUUUUAUAUUUUGUCGACGAUUACACGCGAUACGGCGCACAUUCGACGCGUUAUUCCAUCGCGGUUACGAUGGCCGGGCCACGAGGGGCGCGUCUGCCAGUUGGCUCCGCGCCAUGGGUUGCCGAGGAAAGGUCAUCUGCUCUGCAGAUUGCACAGCAAGAAGUUGAAGAGUUCUCGUUCUCUGCGCGAAAUGACUUCGAUUGGUUGAAUGAACAUAUGGCCGAGAUCUUUAGUGAGAAUCAAAUAAACGUUGCAGAGAUAUUUAAAACCCCAGGGAAAUUACGUGGCAAGACUCCUCGAACAGUUCGGAGAGCGAAUGCAACAGAGAACCGCGUCCCACUUUCUGAUAUAUUCUCUGCUACGCCUAAGGGCGCACACAAUCCCUUCGUUAUACCUAACAUGAACCGAAGCAACACACCUAGAUUCGAGAUAGCUGCGGACCCUCAACCUUCCCCUCCCAAACAAAUUGCCCCGGCUAGUCCCUCCAAAAUCACGGCUCCUAAACCCACAGUUUCAAAACAGCAACCACCUUCCGUAAUCGACUCUGGGUAUCAUGGUAGCCAGUCUCAAGAUGCCAUGGACAUCGAUAACGUGGCUGAUGAGAUCACAGAGCAUUUGAGUCUACAAGCCAACACACAGGGCGAUUACGUAGGUUUCUACGAAUCUCCCAAUCGUCAUGCACUCAAUGAUUCGGUUCAUAACUCGCUGAAUCCUACGCUCGAGACAAACGUGGGUGAUGUCGAUACCCAGUACUUUACCGCUCAUGUUGCGGCGGCAGGGAAUUUGCCGACUAAAAAUGAUGGAACCCACGAAAGCACUACUCCUGCAGGUUCACCUUUGCGGUCGCCUGAACCCGCUUCGCCGAAGGACUCUCCAGCAAAAUCCGCUGUCAUACAUACACAGCCUGAAGACAAUGUCGUUGGAGUGGAUGGAAUGGAGACUGUGAUGGAAGAGCCAUCAAGAUCCUCUUCGGACACUUCUAGCCCUAUUCGACCUAUCGUUCGGAAGAGCAGUCUUAAUUUUGCUUCCUUACCCGCAAGAGAACCUAUUACGCAUAAGAGCAUAGGCAAUCGAGUAUCAAGAACUAGCCACCUAGAACAAAACCGAACUAGUUACUAUAACCGUCAUACUGGAGGGAAAAGCUUGGGACACGCAAAGCACGAUCUCAGCGACGAGGAGAACGAUGAUGAUGACAUGGAUGUUGAUGAAGAUGAGGACGAAGAUCCCCUCACACAAAAAUCACAAUCUCAACAAGACCGCGCGGCCACGCAAAAUAAGACCUACACGCAGCGACUUCAAGACCAGAUCAGCAAGUUGGGUCAGUCUCAAGCGCCUGCUCCCCGAUCUUCCAAGUCAAUUCCAGACCCAUUUGUCGCUCAGCCAGCCGCAGUUCUAGCUCCAUCUCAAGAUAAGCCCCUGCCUUCGCCAAAGAAGACAACAACUCCAGGUGCUUUCCCUGAAGACGACGAAGAUGAUUGGAUCCAACCUCUUGGUUCGCCUGAGAAUGCCUCGGACGCCCGUAGCCCACGGCCUGGAUUAGCCAAGAGUUACACAGCCGACGUGAUGGAAGGUGUGUCUGGUAAGGAAACAGCCGGCGGAAACGAUUUCGCAGUGCCCAAGACCCGUCAGCGUCAGAGUCGAUCCAAAUCUCCCGAACGGCCACCAAUGUCAGAACGAGCACCUAAUAAUUUGGGCCACCACAAGUCCGUAUCCGUCCCUAUGCUGCCCACACAGGCAGGCGUAGAUGGUGAAGGAGAUGGCCUUAAGAAGACUAUUUCGGUUUCCAAUCCACCGCUUGCGACUGUUUCUGAAAACGAAAGGCCUACUACUCCAAUAAAGUCACCUUCACGUGGUUUCAAAGACAGCCCGCUGAGGCAGGUUAAGAGCAAGCUGUCAUCUAUUCUGAAGAGUUCGAAAGGUCUAUUAGCGAGUAGUGCUGCUAUCAGCGCUGAAGGUAAGACCUCGCUGCUAUCGCCCUCGACCACCAGACUCGGCUUGCAUCCAUUCCCCUCCAGUGCCUCUCUCGUGGCCCCCCAGGCCCAGCCUCUCUAUCCAGAUUUAUCUCGUCAUGCUGCAGACAACCAAACCCUUGCAAGUGUAACUAGCCCAACCCGCGCAGAGGGCCGAAGGACACGAGCCUCGAUCGAGCGAGAGAAGGCUGAGGAGAAACGCAAGGAGAAGGAGGCAAAGGAAGCGCGUCGGAUGGCGGAGCAAAUGGAAAAGCUCGAGAAAGCCCGCGAAAAGGAGCGCGAAAAGGCUCGUGUGUUCAGCAAAGAACAAGAAAGGGUUGCUGCAAUGGAGAAGCAACUUGCUGCGCAAAAGGAGCAGGAAAAGAGAGCCGCAGUACAAACUCCAGGAAACCCAUCUAAAUCAACCCGAUCGAGUCCUCGUAAAGCUAAACCCCAGCCAGCUGCCGAAGAAGAAGCAACUGUUGCGACCGUCUUCGAUGAUAAACAGAUAGAUGAUGAUAUUGACAUGGUCGAUGCACCUAACCCGAUGCCACCACCUUCGGCCCCUCGAUCUGCCGCGCCUCCUUCGGCUACUAAAGGAAGAGAGAUUAAGCGACCUAUGAGACCCGCAAAGGAGCCAGCAAGCAAGACUAAACAAGCUCCAACAGUCAUUCGUGUCAAUAUGGGUUCGCAACAUCCUCAAUAUCAUCCUUCUAACAACGCUUUGUCAUCAAACCUUCAAGAAACGCUUUCUCAACCCCAGCCUAAGAAUAAACCUAAUCAGCUCCAGAGCAAACCCUCAUUACAAAGUCUCAAGAGUUCAACAUCAUCCUCAGGAAGACCCAAGGCACUUGAAGCGGCAGCUCGGAGGAAGGAGCAAGAAGAACGUGAAGCACAACGUAAGCGUGAUGCUAAGGCAGAACUAGAGAGGAAGAGAGCCGCUAUACAAGAAGAAGAGAAGCGUCAAGAGCAACAAAGAAAGGAAGAGGAACGAAAGCAAGCAGAAGCGAAAAAGAACGCACAGCGACAGGCAAUGCUCGAGAAGGCGAAGCAGACUAGAGCGCCCCCUCCAGCAGCGCGAAGUCAACCGAAUGGUCCUCCCGAUUAUAGCCGGGCUGAACCCGCAGCACCUAGGCCGCCUUCUCGCUUGGCGACAAAUGCUCAGCGAUCUCAAGAGGAUACUGGACGCCCGGUCAAUGCGUUACUAUCUAAUGCAUCCAAAGCGUCUACGAAACGACCUCUGCAGCAGGAGCAUAACGAUGAUAAUGUCCGUCAACCUCCCGCCCGUGGUGGUACUGGUUAUCAGCCAAAGGACCCGAAGCGAAUGCGUAUGACGGAUGAAUUCGAUGAUGAUGGCGAGAGAGAGAAGCAGCCGAGCCUGAAGGGCGCGCCCGUACGCCCGUCGGGUGGCUACAAAAAGGAUAUGCCGACCAAGUCGAUGUACCAAGCCGGGUACACGAAUGCAUCAAAUGCUAACAGGGAUUUGUUCAAGACCACUGUUACAAACCAACAUAACAGUCAAAUGAAGGCCGCACACCCGUUGGACAUGGCCCAAGUGUCCAAAGCUCAUAUUCCCUUUGCGCCCAACCCGAACCCGGCCGGGCCAUCUUACAAGACGCCUGCACGCCCUCAGGGAGUCGCUGCUACUAAAUCCACCGCCAAGUCUGCCACAAGAUCUUCACCGCGGUUCCAGAACGGCGAGUCUAUCGAGCUACCAGAGAUCAAUACAGAUGACGAAGACGAUGAGUACGAUGAUGGUGGGAAAGACACUAUUGCAUCUUGGGCCGACUCACCCAACCUUCGCCAGGCUCUCGUUGAACAGGAAGCCCAAGAUCCUUUCCAGGUUUUCGGUGCACCAGGACCCCUUAACAUGGAGGAAGUGUUCGCCAAGAGCAAGGAUCGGUUCCACAAGUUCCGGGCCAGGACUUCCAGCGCUAACUGGAGUGGUCCUGAUAGGUUGACCGACGAAGAUAUUCGAAAGGAUCUUGCGGCGAGAGACAAGAUAAGACGAGAAGGCGGUUGGACUUAUGAGAUGAGUCGAGACAUGGUUUAGGAUAAUGAGGCUAGCUGCGGAAGCAUCCUCUGAGGUGGAGUUUUGAAGGAGCCCAUUAUAAUUCUCGUUAUUGCAUAAGACAGGUGUUUGUCGGCUUACCUGGAUCAUGACAUUGUAUGUUUAGGUUACGAGGGUGUCGGCGUUUAUGGUAUAUGGCAUGCCAUCAUUAUUAGUCAUGAACAUAUGGAAUUUCAAAAUUGCAGAUAUGGUUGGCUUAUGCUAAGAAGGGAUAGUAAGCAAAUACAACCACCAAGCCUCCACUAGAGGCCUUUCACGAUCUGACUACCUA